GAAACCAGCGCGAGGCUAUUUCCGCACAAUCUACAGAACCGAAGUUUGGGAGCUCAUCGUGAUCCACCGAUCAGAGAACAAUAAUUAAAACAGGACAAUGUCGACACUUGCAGCUGCUAGGGCAGACAACUUCUACUACCCUCCAGAAUGGGAACCAAAGAAGGGUGGAUUGAACAAGUUCAAUGGACAACAUGCCUUGAGAGAAAGAGCAAGAAAAUUAGACCAAGGAAUCUUAAUCAUAAGAUUUGAAAUGCCUUACCAUAUCUGGUGUGGUGGUUGCAAUUCCAUGAUUGCAAAGGGUGUAAGAUUCAAUGCAGAAAAAAAACAAGUUGGAAAUUAUUACUCUACGAAGAUAUGGAGCUUCACCAUGAAAGCUCCAUGCUGCAAGCAUGUCAUUGUGAUUCAAACAGAUCCAAAGAAUUGUGAGUAUUUGGUUAUCAGUGGGGCCCAAAAGAAGGUUGAAGAGUUUGAACCUGAAGAUGCAGAAACUAUGGUACUUCAAUUUGAGGAAGAGAAAAACAAGCUAGUUGAUCCUUUUUAUCGCCUUGAACAUCAAGAGGAGGAUUUAAAGAAGAAAAAAGAAGCUGAACCUUUGCUUGUGAGACUUCAAAAAGUAUCUGAUUCCAGACAUUUGGAUGAUUAUUCAUUAAACAAAUCUUUACGUGCCAAACUUAGGAGUCAAAAGAAAAGAGUAGCAGAAGAAGAAACAUCUGCAAGAAAAAUGGGACUUGGGAUAAGACUACUUCCACCCUCUGAACAAGACAUUGCAGCUGCUAAACGGGUAUAUUCGUCCAAUUCAAAAAGAUCAGAGCUUGAGGUGAAAAGAAGAAGGAUAAAUGCAACAAAAGCAUCUGAGUUGUUGUCUGGAGGGUUUAAGUCAUCGUCAUUGACACGGGGUGUUGGAUCUUCUUCUUCGGUUUUUAAGAACAGGGCUUAA